AGCGCGGUAUGUCGAUUGUCGGUGCGCGCUUCAGUCCGACUAGAUCUGUUGCAAAGAGAGGAGUUACUUUCUCCCAACCCUGCAAUUAUAGACUAUAGAACUUGUUCUAUACUCUACUCCAGAUAUAUCAUACAUACACAACUUUCACAACGUGAAUCAUUUAGUUAUAACGUGUUAAACAAACCCCUGUCAGUGUUUACUAGCUGGGAUAGCUCAGUAGUUGGAUAGUUAGUUGCUAGUUCGAUAUAUCAGUGCUACAUACAUUCUUGAGUCUCAAUUUUAUAAGUCGGCCGAGCCCUGAUAACUUGGAUUCAGAAAUUCUUAUUCUGAGGUUCGUCAGAACGGAAAAAGAGAUGCACUGUGUUUUUACUAAGGAUUCUGGCUAAUAGCUGGCUACUGACCUGCUGACUGCGUCGGUGAACUCGUUUGCGCCGAGUCCUGAGAUGUCUACACACAUCACAAUGUUCAACCCCAGCCAGGGUAGAACAACCCAGCUCCCAUCCCAACCUGUCAGAAUACUUGCCUUUGGGAGUGCUCCCUCCCCGUCUCCACAGUCUCCGGCUGGCUCCCCGAUGGCUCCAGAGUCACCAAUGGUGCUGCUGCAUCCUUCCUAUCCCUCCCCACCCUCUAACCUGGGGACCUCCUCCCAGUCCCAUAUAUUUAUCCAGGUUCAACAAACCAGUCAGGGAUAUAUAUCUCCUGGUGGAACACAGCUCACUGAGAUUAAGACUGAACCCCAGCUCUUCAGUCCAACCAACUCCACUGCCAGCCAAUCCAGCUUCACCAGCGGGAUGUCCUACGAGCCCCUGAAUCCCGCCGGGGUGCAGUACUACAACUCUCCACCUCAGAACACUACCUCAGGGUUAUCCAACUCAUUCUCAGGAGAGGGGGAGCGGAAGAUCAAGAAAGGACCAGUUUCUAGAGUGCAAGAAGAGCUAUGCUUGGUUUGCGGGGAUCGCGCCUCCGGUUAUCAUUACAACGCGCUCGCGUGUGAAGGAUGCAAAGGAUUUUUUCGGAGAUCGAUUACCAAAAAUGCGCGAUACACCAACACUUGCAAAUAUGGCGGGAACUGUGAGAUUGACAUGUACAUGAGACGGAAGUGCCAAGAGUGCCGGUUCCGGAAGUGCAUGACGGUUGGUAUGAGAGAAGAGUGUGUAGUUCCUGAGUCUCAAUGUAUAAUAAAACGAUCUAAUAAAAAGCCCUCAACCAAACCAAUGAAGAAUGUUUCCACUCCCAGUGUUCCCAAUCCUACGGGGACACCUAAAAAACUUGUAGUCACCGUUGGUCGUCCUUUAAAAGCCGAAGAGGGACAGCUAAUCGACAUGAUAGUCGCCCUUCAAGCUCAGUACGAGGUUCCUUCAGAAGAGGAAGUAAAAAAGAUCGACAACGCUGUUUUACAAGAAACAGAAGUUCACAACCAGUCAAUUCGACACAUGUGUGAGUCGACGAUACGUGUGAUUGAACUAAUAGUCGAUUUUUGUAAAAAGCUUCCCGGGUUUUCAAGUUUAAAGAUGGAGGAUCAGGUUAUUCUACUGAAAGCCUCGUCAAGUGAGAUUAUCAUGAUCAGAACAGCAAGACGAUACGAUCCACAUUCAGAUACGAUCGUCUUUGCGAACAAUGAACCCUAUGACAGAAAGCGGUUUCGAGUUAUUGGUCACGAUAUGGACGAAAUGUUUAUGUUCUGUCGAUACAUGUACGACAUGGAGGUAGAUAACGCUGAGUACGCUUUGCUCACAGCUCUCAUUAUUUUUAGUGAACGAUUCAGCUUGCAUGAGCCGAGUAAAGUGGAACGAAUACAAGAAAUUUAUAUCGAAGCCUUUGAGGCGUAUGUGAAUAACAAGCGAGGGCGGGAAAGCAUGAUGUUUGCAAAACUAUUGAACAUUUUAUGCACAGUGAAGACCCUGGCUUCGAAGAACAAUGAGUUUUCCUACUCUCUCAUGGUUUCAGACAAGAAAUUUCCCAAGAUAUUGCGGGAGAUGUGGUACGAAUAAGAUAUCUUAUCGAUUAUUUGUCCCAUAUAUGAGGCUGCUAGUCGAAAGUAUACAGUUGUCCCAAAAUAUUAUCCAUUCGCUAAAUUUUCUACGUGCAAUUUUAUAAUGGGACUAACCAGCUGUCCAACCUCACUACUGGAGCUGGGUUUCGGGAUAUCUGAUAUCCUGGCUAGAAUAUGGAUAUCUUGAACUCAAGUGUGGAUAUUCCUAAUGUCAGCUGAGGCAGUCCUGAAAACCGUCCCGACCGUUUGUAUUUGUUGUAACGUGGUCUAUAGAUGGAACAACUCCGGCCGGGUUGAAUUCAUCUCUAAAACAAGGUUGAGGCCGUCUGCGGGUUUUUCAGGGACGGAGAGAAGGUGUUCUACACCUCAACUCCUCCCUUGGGAUGGAUAUUGUGAUUUUAAGAACUCCAAACCUUGAGUUUAGAGUUCACAUGAUGGACAAUGUUUACUGGAUUGUAAACGAGCUCUUCUGGAGUUACUAGUACCUGCAUUUCAUUUAUAUUCGGCGUCAUGUUAUCCAAAUAGUUAUUUUUUUUAUUUUAUAAACAGUUCUUCCAGUUUAUUUUAAGAUUAUACUUUUUUAUCUACUGACUUUUAACUGUUACGCUGCCGAAUUUCACCUCUGUCAACGAAGAAAUCGCUAUAAAAUAUUAUAUGUUGUGUAAAAAUAUCUUUUUGCCUUUAAAUAAAAGAUUUACCACUGAUAA